AUGGCGGCCAGACUGGAAGAAGAGGAGAAACUGUGUUUGAUGCUGCUGGGAAAAACAGGGGCGGGAAAGAGCGCCACAGGAAAUACUAUUCUGGGUCAAAGCUUGUUCAAGGAAUCAAGUAAUUGGACUUCAGAAACGAAGGUUGUGUCUAGCAAGUUUGCACGUUUGGACAACUUUAUUGUCAAAGUAGUGGAAUGUCCUGGUUUAAUGGACACAGAUCUGAAAAGCGGGGAAGACCAGGAGAAGGCUGUGGAAAAUAUGGGCAAGGCUAUUAGAAUGUGUUAUGGGGGUGUCGAUGCAUUUAUUCUUGUCACCAAACUUGUUCGGUUUACAGAAGAAGAUCAGAAAACUUUAGAAGCUCUGAAGUCAAUUUUUGGAGAGAAGUAUUGUGAUAAUCUUAUCGUUGUUGUCGUUGGUGGAGAUACAUUCCAGGAAGACAUGGAGUUUGAAGGAUGCGGUGGCAAAGAUUUUUAUACAUGGUGCAGGGAACAGACAGGGUCUUUCGGGCAGUUUUAUUACGACUUCAAUGACAGAUUUUUGCUAAUCAACAACAGAGAAAAGGAUCCUGAUAAAAAACUUAAACAAAGACGAGAAAUAAUGCAGCUGGCAAACACUUUAAAAAAACUGAACGGCAAAUAUACCAGUACUUGUUUUCAAGAGGCAAAGGCUUUACAAGAUAAGUUGAUCGUUUAA